AUGGCGUUUCCUCGUCGCCUGGCCGCUCAUGGGCUCGACAAAAAUCCCAUCCAACAAAAAGGAAUGGCACGAAGCGAUACAGAAAUAUGGCCUUCAACAGCGCACUAUCGAGCAACUGCUUCUGAUGCCAGGAGUGCCAGAACAGGGAGUUUCUCUGCAUCGACUGUUCCAAAAGAAGCAUUCCUUACCAUCCGAUGCAUUUGGCCUGCAAAGAAAAGGCCCAAAGAUGCCUCCACGUAUAUUGCCAAUCUAGAGUAUUUUUUCAAUGAAGAUCAUUCCGGCGAUGCCACAAAACUUACAGAAACAUCCUUGGCCUCGAUAAACUGA